AUGGUCAACUCGCUCGGACCGGGAAACCUUGUAAAGGCAAUCGAAUUUUUGGCUAGGGCGGCUCUGGAAGGAAAAGCACCGUCGACAGCUCGGGACUACUUGAAAGAGAACGCCGCUAGAAGGAAGUGGAUACAAAAUAACGGUCUUCCACUCAACGAGACAUCCACUCUGAUAUACUUGGCAUCCAGGUCGGAGUUGGUGGGCGGUGGUUCGCUGGCGAAAAUCGUGGCAGCAUUCCAGAUGACUAACACAGAAAUGUCAAAAGUUGGACGUCAGCUGGCAGCAGAUGUGAUUCGAGCCACACGGAGGAAAGAGGUGCAGACGAGGCAACAACCAAAAGCAGUGCCGUGGACUGAGGAAGCCGCGAAACUGAAAAGGUCGGACCUAACUCAAACUAAUGGAAUCUUGGAAAUCCGAGUGAGAAAAGCAAAGAACGAUCAACAGGCACUCGGUCGAAGCACGUUCAUUCCUUGUCCGGAUGGUUCGGAUUUGGACUGUCGCCUCAAGCGAUGGAAAGUUUGCGAAUCUCUACGAUCGAGAAAGAGUGAGUAUUUGUUUUCAAAUUUGAAUAACGGAGCUGGGCUCUCGGCGAGUUCGAUAAGCUCUAUAGUUAAAAAGAAGCUGAUGGAGUUCGGGAUAGACGGGACUCACCACUCAUUGAGACGUGGAGCCGCCAACGACUUGCAACGACAAGGGUUUUCGAAGGAGGAGAUCAAGGCGGGUGGGAGAUGGCGAUCUGAUGCUGGCCUCAAAAGGUACUUGGUGGAUACGCCCGAAGCGCAAGGAAUAUCGGCGGGAGCGGAGGAGAAGGAGGAUGGACCACCGGUGCUAGUACGUCAGCCAGAAGAAGGAUGA